CCUAGUGGGCCAAGCAGGAGCAGACCCGGAGAUGGCGGUAUAUAAGGCAACCGUAAAGACAGAUGAUUGUAAGUUGCUGUUGGCACCCUCUCAGCAUGGGAAACGCCCGUGCCCGCCUGAUUGGAUUGGACACCAGAAGAAAUGUUUCUACUUCUCAAAUGAAGAAAAAAACUGGACUGCUAGUCAAGAAUUUUGCUCUUCGUACAAUGCCUCUCUGGCCAUUAUUGAAAACGAAGAACUGGAUUUUGUGCAGCGUUACAAAGGCAGCUCUCCCCACUGGAUUGGCUUCAAACGAGAGCCAGGUCAAGACUGGAAAUGGAUCAAUGGAAAUGCUUCAACGUGGACAGUCCUCGGUGAUGGAGGGAACUGUGCCUUUCUGAAUGACGAAGGCAAAGCAAGCAGUUCCAUGUGCCGUACAGCCCAUCACUGGAUAUGCAGCAAACCUGAUGAAUUCACAAGUCCAAAGAUAGCUUGAAGGCAUAUGGUUUCCAAUGUACUCAGCUGAAUCAUUGACUGUAGUAACAAGUGGGUCUUAUACCCAGAGAAGGAUAAGUUAUUUCUGCCUUUGCAUAAUGUAAUCAAUUGCUGAUUUUCUCAGGAUUUUCUUCUGCAUGAUAUACCGUACUUUCCGGCAUAUAAGACGACUUUCGAAAGUGUUGAAAUCGGCGCUGAAGUUGGGGGUCGUCUUAUACGCCGGGUCGCCUUAUACGCCGGAAAAUACGGUAGUCUGUGUUUCUGCUGCUGUACUUUACAUUAUUAUAACUCUAUACUGUUUGCAUUUCUGCAUUGUUUACACUCUAGAGCAGGAGUGUCAAACUCAAUUUCAUUGAGGGCUGCAUCAGCAUUGUGGUUAUCCUCAGGGGACCUGGUGGGUGUGGCCAGGAUGGGUGCAGCCUACCGGGUGGGCGUAGAUGGAGUGGGUGUGGUCUACAGGGUGAGCGUGGCCAGCUCUACAUCAUUCACAUCAAGAGUGCAUGCAUCCAGCGAGUGGGGCAGAUGCGGCAGGUGCUGGUUCCUCGCUGUUUCCAGAAAGCCUUGUAGAGCUAAGACUGAAUGUGUUUCAGCAUAGAUGGCCACCACAAAAUUGUACAUUGGCUCCCAGCCAGUCUGGGCCAGGGUCAA